UUUUACUUCAGUUAAUCACCGCCACCAGGGAAAGUACUAAUGACAAUAGCGAACACCUGACAAUUUUCUUGGCCUUCUCAUCCAAGUUCACAAAAUCUGCCAAUAAAAUCAAAAAGCGUUGAUGACUUGAUUAGCCUACAAAUCACUGCUUAAACUCUGCAUAGUUUUGCUUGAAAAAAACUUUUUUUGUAUUUUAAUAGAUUCUAUUUUUAUUUUUUGACUGUUGAUGUUGCACAAAUUAUACGAGGAACACUUAAUUCUGUCAAUGGAAUCUGUUAAUAAAAAACAAUAGCCAUAUAAAUAACUACACGCCAAUAUGUCAAUGUCAGUUUGUCUAUUUCUACACCUAAUUUUUUCUAUACCCAGGGUUGUUUUUCAAAUGGCUCAACGGUUUUUGUUCACAUAACAGGUCAAUAGUGCUAUAUUUUAAGAUGUUUGCACCGAAAUUUACAUAUUUAAUUUUUAUAAUUUUGAAAGAGAAAUAUAUUUUCUUUAGAUACUAUUUUAAAAACGUAUUGUUAAUACGUUUAUUCUAAAAUGCAACCCUGUAAAAGUCUUAUUGGGCUCAAUGCAAGUUAGUUUGACUUUAUACUAGAAUUCCGAUAAGACUGAAUGGGCAAUAACUACAUAAACCACUUUAUUACUUCUCCAGAUCGUAGUUUCCUUUUUCAUUUCAAUUUUAUUUGCAAAUAAGUGCAGUUUUAUUUGUAGAAACAAGCACAUAAAUUGAGUUAUAAUUUGAGAAUAUUGCAGCAUAAUUAAGCAAAUACUUUGCAUACAUCAUCAUGUCACUCUCCAAGCCUAUUUAUUCGUUGCUCGGAGUCUAUUUAGAGCAACUAUUUAAUCACCCAGUGCGCACUAAAUCCAUAACCAGCUCUAUACUAGCGGCAUCGGCAAAUUACACAUCCCAGCGUAUAGCUGGACAAAAGAAGGUCAAUCAGGAAAGUGUCAUAGCAUAUGGCCUCUUUGGGUUAAUAUUUGGUGGUACUGUGCCACAUUAUUUCUAUCAAACUGUUGAGCGGCUAUUCAAACAUGAUAUGAAAUUCCGUCGUUUCUUCCAGUUUCUAUCGGAACGUCUAAUAUUUGCACCAUUCUAUCAACUAGUCUCACUCUAUUUCCUCUCCAUAUUUGAGAUGAAUACCAAUGAAGUAGCUGUAGCUAAUCUAAAGAAACUAUAUUGGCCACUACUUCGCGCCAAUUGGCAAUAUUUAUCGAUACCAGUGUUUCUUAAUAUGGCAUUCGUGCCACCAAUGUUACGCACGGUCACAAUGAGUAUUGUGUCCUUCCUUUGGGUGGUCUACAUUGCACGUCGCCGACGCCGUCUUCAGGAGAAGCAGGAGGGCGGAAAUAAAGACAAAUAAAUGAAUGAAUUCAGAAGAGCAUAUGUACAUAACUUAGCUCAAUUAUGUUUCUACUUCCAAGUCUCAAAUUAUAUUUUUUAUAAAUGGUUGGUUAUAUGGUGCUCUUUGUAUGUGAUUUAUAAAAGUUUAUAAAUAUUUUUAAUUUUUGGUGAAGAUGACGUUAAAAAUGAGUUUGGAGACAAUAAAAUAAUUUUACAUUUAUAUUCUAAUAA